AUGACUCCUCCUUUUAACUUUACAACGUGCUCCUCACCAGCAGCCACCUCACUUCUGGUGGAUCGCAGAACCACCAGCAAGCAUGGACAUGUGGGAAUGGGGACCACUAGAACUGAACGCGUGUCGUCAUCUUUCGGCCAUCACUUGCUUAGGAGGAUAGGGUCACAAGAGUUGAAUAAGGCACGCCAAGCACAAGUUAAUGGGGGGAGUGAGGAAAAAGGCGAGGGUAAGUGGGACGGCCUGAGCGUGGGCCGACAAGGAAAUGGUGGGGUCCACAGAGCGGCGAGGAAAUAG